AUGCCUUCAAUCGUACGYAGUACGAUUCACUUCCUCUUGAUCUUUGCAAGCCUUCGUGCCGCCUCCUACGUCUCCUCCACCUUUCAAAUCCCACUCUCCGAGAAUGCCUCGAUGAGCAAAGUCCAACCCACCUCAAACCUCUCGGACAGACCCCCCAACUGGGAGCACCCUUCAACGACAGCAGUCGACAUCGAAGACAUGCAUCACAUCCACGGAAGUUUCGACGUCGCYGAGAUAUUGAGACUGAUGAAGAGUGGUGUUCAAUACUUCUCCAUCCCAAAGUCAUCCGUUAAGGACGUCGUUCUUGAACUCGAUGUUAAACUUACUGCCCCGCAGAAAUUGGUUGACGAGGCGGGCGGGGAAGAAGCUUUUUUUAAUACCUUGGGGAUGUCCCUGGAGAUGGAAGAUUGCGAAGUGGUCGGAAAAGACGGAGGAUCAAUCUGCCUCUAUGACGUGGUCCUUGCGGCCCCCGAGGAAGUGGAACCAGAGAAGGACGGAGCACAUGUCCGUGAUUUUGCCUUGCAUAGAAUGUUUCCGGAUCAGCGCAGCUAUAGAAUGAUCGCAAAGAGUGGGGGAUCAUUCUGGUAUGAAGUGCUUCUCCCGGACUAUGGCCCCGAGGAAGGGAAGGAGGAAGGGAAGGAGGAUGCGAAAGAAGCCCUUGCCGUUGCCUCGAAAGAAAAGACAGAUACUCAUYCCUCCGGCAAUAUCGCUCUCCUCGAACUUGUCUUUGUCGACCACGCAGGAAAGCGGCACCCCGGACCCCGCCGAUCGUUCUGCCUUGAAACUUGGUCAAAGAAACUCUGCUACGAACAUGACACGCAGACCAUCUCUAUAGAUGAAAAGGAAGACAUAAUCCAACAAGAAAUCGAGCAGGAAGAWAAGAUGCAACGAGAAAAAGUUCAACAGGAAAUCCAACACGAAAUCGAGCAAGAAGAAAAGGGCCAACAAGAAAUUCUCCAACAAGAAAUUCUCCAACGACAAAAUUUGGACCAGCUUACAGAGGAACUGGGCCGAGAACUGCAACAUUUCCUCAUCGAUAAGCAAAUCACCUUCUACCGAAAAGACAGCGAGAAGGAUGAUGACAACAACGAGGAGCAAGGGGAAGAAUUUCCCAGUGCGAAUGGAUCCUGGAUGUACUCGAUCUCAGAUAGAGAUGAUCUUCCCCAAGAAGCAAAAGUAGUACCGAGGUAUUAG